GGAAGUGACGGCAUGUCAGCUCUGUUUUGUUCCUGUCGUGGCGGGAAUACGCGCGACUGACGGUCAACAUGGAUGUUGAGAUGAAAGAGACAGACAGUGAACAAAGUCAAGCCGACGUACAGCCUAAAAAGGAUGAUACUGCGCCGAAAACAUCGACUGCUUAUGAACUACCAUGGGUUGAAAAAUACAGACCUCUGAAGUUGAAUGAAAUAGUUGGAAAUGAGGAAACUGUCAGCAGACUGGAGGUGUUUGCAAGAGAAGGAAAUGUGCCCAAUAUCAUCAUUGCUGGUCCUCCUGGCACUGGAAAAACUACCAGCAUUUUGUGUUUGGCUAGAGCUCUUCUCGGCCCGGCCAUGAAAGAUGCUGUACUUGAGCUGAAUGCCUCGAAUGACCGUGGUAUUGAUGUCGUGAGAAACAAGAUCAAAAUGUUUGCCCAGCAAAAGGUCACACUCCCUAAAGGUCGCCACAAGAUCAUAAUCUUGGAUGAGGCUGACAGCAUGACAGAUGGAGCUCAGCAGGCUCUCAGAAGAACCAUGGAGAUAUACUCGAAAACCACACGCUUUGCGCUGGCAUGUAAUGCGUCAGAUAAGAUCAUAGAGCCCAUCCAGUCCCGCUGCGCUGUGUUGCGUUACAGCAAACUCAGAGACGACCAGAUCAUGAUGCGUCUGACGGAGGUGGUAGAGAAGGAGAACUUACAUGUCACCAACGACGGCCUUGAGGCCAUCAUCUUCACCGCUCAAGGCGACAUGAGACAGGCUCUAAAUAACUUGCAGUCAACAAACUCUGGAUUUGGUUACAUCAACAGUGAAAAUGUGUUCAAGGUGUGUGAUGAGCCACAUCCUCUGCUGGUUAAAAGCAUGCUAGAACACUGUGUCAACGCCAACAUUGAUGAAGCAUACAAGAUUAUUGAGCAGCUUUGGUCACUCGGAUACUCACCGGAGGACAUAAUCGGAAACAUCUUUAGAGUGUGUAAGACCUUUCAGAUGGCAGAAUAUUUGAAGCUGGAAUAUAUUAAGGAAAUUGGCUACACACAUAUGAAAGUGGCAGAAGGGGUGAACUCUCUGUUACAGAUGGCUGGUCUGUUGGGGCGACUGUGCAGCAAGACGGCUGCACCGGACGCAAGCUAAACAUUUGUUACCAAAUAAUCGUACUUUUCCUCAUUGUUAUUAAUCUCCGGAACUUUUAUAUUUUGAAAAAUGAUAAAAAUAUGACCAGUUGCAAUAAUAAAAAUGUACACAAUU